CAUGGAGGCCGAGGGGGCCCCGUCAUGGCGGGGUCCCGGCGGGGCCGUGCGGGAGCUCUGCCGCUCUUUCUGCCACUACAACCGGCACCUGGCGCGGCUGCAGCACAACCUGCGAGAGACCAAGAGGUUCUUCCGCGAUGUCAAGUUCUCCCAGGGACACCCCUUCGCCUCGGCGCCUGCCGGUGACGGCCCCCCCUCCGCCGGGGAUGGGGGUCCCGGGGACGGCGGCCACGGCCCGGUCUCGUUCCCGCCGCACGAGGAGGAGCAGCUGCAGCGCUCGGUGAGCUGGCGGCCGUGCCUGCUGAUCCUGGGCCAGAGCUGCCGUGCCAAGAGCCGCCUGCUGAACCUGCUGCUGGGCCAGGAGCUGCUGCCCCUGCUGCCCAGCCCCGGGGCUGGCACGGAGGAGCGCUGCCGGCGCCGCCGCGUUCGCUUCACGCACGGGGCGCAGACGCGGCUCAGCCUGGCGCUGCCCGGGCAGUACGAGCUGGUGCAGGCGCUGGCGGGGCACAGCGGGCACUGGGACACCAUCCCCGAGCAGGACCUGCAGGUGCCCGGCGACGCCGAGGAUCCUGCACAGAGGGUGGCAGAGCUGGAGGUGGUGCUGCCCCACGCGCUGCUCAAGGAAGUGGACAUCGUGGUGGCUCCAUGCCGUGGCUUCCAGUCAGCUGAGGCCACCCUGGCCGAGUUUGUCAACCAGGUGCUGCCCGUUGUCACCUUCGCCAUCGGCGAGCCCCAGCUGUCCCCAUCGGACCGGGCAGAACUUCUGGAAAUCAAGGAAAAAUUCUCCCUCCCCAUCUUCUUCCUCCGAAUCCCCGAGCCCGGCAGCGAGCCGAGCUCUCCCAAAAAACCCACCAAGGAGAAAUCCCCGCUCCACCGCCAGCUGCUGGAUCUGGGAUACCUGCACCCCUCCGGCUCCUGCGGCGCUCCCGGCUCCUCGGUGCUGGCGGAGCAGCCGGAGAAGCUGCGGCUGCUGAGCGCCUUCGCCAGGCAGGUGCUGCAGCAACACCUGGUGGGGUUGGCCACGAGGCUGAGCGAGGUUCACGGGCGCUGCCUCAACAUCUUCAUCAACCAGGCGUUCGACAUGGCGCGGGACCUGCAGAUCACGCCCAAGCGGCUGGAGUACACGCGCAGGAAGGAGAACGAGCUCUACGAGUCGCUGAUGGGCAUCGCCAACCGCAAGCAGGAGGAGAUGAAGGAGAUGAUCGUGGAGACCUUGGCGAGUAUGAAGGAGGAGCUGCUGGAGGAUGCUGCCAGCAUGGAAUUCCGAGACAUCAUCAUCCCCGAGAGCGGCGAUCCCGUCAGCUCCCGGGACAUCAAACGCUGCAUCCAGCAGAUCCAGGAGCUGAUCAUCUCCCGCCUCAACCAGGCUGUGGCCAACAAACUCAUCAGCUCCGUGGAUUAUCUGCGGGAGAGCUUCGUGGGGACCCUGGAGCGCUGCCUCAGGAGCCUGGAGGAGUCCUGGGAGGGAGCGGCGCAUCCCAGCAGGGCGCCGGAGAAAAGCAGGGAUGGCUCCGUGCACAUCACCAGCAACUAUCUCAAACAGAUCCUGAACGCAGCCUACCACGUGGAGGUCACGUUCCACUCGGGCUCGACGGUGACCAGGAUGCUUUGGGAACAGAUCAAACAGAUAAUCCAGCGGCUGACGUGGGUGAGCCCCCCGGCCAUCAGCAGCGAGUGGAAGAGGAAGGUGGCCCAGGACGCCAUCGAGAGCCUCAGCGCCUCCAAACUGGCCAAGAGCAUCUGCAGCCAGUUCCGCACGCGCCUCAACAGCUCCCACGAGGCCUUCGCCUCCUCCCUGCGCCAGCUGGAGGACGGCCACUCGGGCCGCCUGGAGAGGACCGAGGACCUGUGGCUGAAGGUGAGGAAGGAGCACGCUCCACGCCUGGCCCGCCUCUCCCUGGAGAGCAGAUCCCUGCAGGAUGUGCUGCUGCACGGGAAGCCCAGGCUGGGCAGGGAGCUGGGCCGAGGCCAGUACGGGGUGGUGUACCUGUGUGACAGCUGGGGGGGACACUUCCCCUGCGCCCUCAAAUCCGUCGUCCCUCCGGAUGAGAAGCACUGGAACGACCUGGCGCUGGAAUUCCACUACAUGAGGUCCCUGCAGUCCCACGAGAGGCUGGUGCACCUGCACGGCUCCGUCAUCGAUUAUGGCUACGGAGGAGGCUCCAGCAUUGCUGUGCUGCUGAUCAUGGAGAGGCUGCACAGGGACCUCUACACCGGGCUGAAGGCUGGGCUGGAGUUGGAGCCACGGUUGCAGAUUGCCUUGGAUGUGGUGGAAGGGAUCCGGUACUUGCACAGCCAGGGCUUGGUGCACAGGGAUAUCAAACUCAAAAACGUCCUGCUGGACAAAAAGAAUCGGGCCAAAAUCACGGAUUUGGGCUUCUGCAAACCCGAGGCGAUGAUGUCUGGCAGCAUUGUGGGCACCCCCAUCCACAUGGCUCCCGAGCUCUUCACAGGGAAAUACGACAAUUCUGUGGAUGUUUAUGCCUUUGGGAUCCUGUUCUGGUACCUGUGCUCGGGCCACGUGAAGUUACCCGAGGCUUUUGAGAGGUGUGCAAGCAAAGAUCACCUGUGGAACAACGUCAGGAGAGGGGUGCGGCCGGAGCGGCUCCCGGUGUUUGACGAGGAAUGCUGGCAGCUGAUGGAAGCCUGCUGGGCCGGGGACUCCUCCCAGCGGCCUCUCCUGGGAAUCGUGCAGCCCAUGCUCCAGGGAAUCAUGGACAGGCUCUGCCGGGCCGGCUCCCAGCAUCCCAACAAAGGCCUGGACGACUCCACCUGAGCGGGAAGCGCGGCAGGAUUCGGGAAUCGCGGCGGGAUUUGGGAAUUCCAGCCCCGCCUCGGCCGUGGAGCUCCGAGCCAGCCCCGAGGGGGACAGGGAGGAGCUCGGAGGGGGCUCAGGGGGGUGAAGGCUCCAUCCCAAUCCCAGCCCUGUAUCCCAUUGGAAUUGUGUGGCCAGGGCAUGGAAAAUCCCAUUGGAAUUGCUCGGCCAAGGCAUGGAAAAUCCCAUUGGAAUUGCUCGGCCAAGGCAUGGAAAAUCCAAACCCUUCGGACUCGCUGGAGGCUUCACCAAUCCCAUCCCAAGCCUCGUGGGCGAUCCAUGGGAUGGGAAAAUCCCUUCCCAAAACUCCGGGAUAACGAUCCCGCUCCUCCCUCAGCCAUUGGCAGCGAUUCCAGAGCGCUGGGAGAGGAAGGAAAAGGCACAAAACUUUAGGAUGAGGAAGUGUUGGGAAGCUCCAAGGAGCUGGAAAUGUUUACAUGGACAGGAGCAAAGCUUCCGUGUUUUUUCUACGGGGAUUUGGAAAACCCCACCUGGAUAAGCUAUUGAUCCCUAAUCCCACCUUUUCCUCCUCUUUUUUUUUUUUUUCCCCCCUCUCCUUUGCUUCCUUAAAUUCCUUGGAAUGGCUGGAGAAACCUUCCCUUGUUUCCACGCUCCGUUCCUCAGAGGUUCCACUUUGGAGCAGCACAAAAAAAGUCCUUAAAAUUAUCCAAUUUAUUAUUUUUUUUUUUUCCUCCCAGGGAAAGCGCCAAAAUUCCUUUUAAAGCAGGAUCUGGGGCUUGGAAUUCAUGGGAAUGUCGUGGCAGUUUUAAAUUGGGGAAUGCACAGGAAUAUUUUAAAAAAUGAGGAUUUUCCAGCUUUUUUUUCCAAGUUGGAGGGAAGAAAAAUCCUUCCUUCUUCUCCUCAAUUUCACUCCAGAGCUGGAAUUCGAUGGGAAAGAAUAAAAAAAAGUGGGGAUAGGGGGAGAGGGGGAUUUGUCUUUCCCAAAUUCCUGGCAAUCCCAGUUUGCUUCCUGCAUUUUUGGGGUGGAAUUGGGCUGAUCUGGAGCAGGAAACGCCCCUUGCUGGCUCCAUGAGGAACCAGGGAGUUGGGAAUUCUCCCUGGAAUUCCCAGGGAAGGUGGAAUUCCUUGGCUGAAAUUCCAGCUGCCCGUGGCCGAGGUUGGGUUUGGUGGGAUUGAUUUUUUUUUUUCCCUUUCUUUGUGCAAUAAAUGGAUUCAGGAGCUUUUUUAUGGAGGAAAAAAAAAAA